AUGCAUUUGUUUGCGGAAAUCGGGUAUGCUAUUCCUCUCAAACAAGGUUGCUAUUAUUUAAGAAAUAUCGCUUUUUUGGCAAAUAUCUCUUAUUUCUUAAAAAAUUACCUCAUUCUUUUCUAAACGGUUUGGCGUAACGUAAUUUCCUGUUAUCUGACUUGGCGAUACCCACUAUUUUAGAGUAACCAUAUGAAGUGCCAAGAGGCGGCAGAGAAAAGAAGAAAGAAGGGAGAAAAAUAAUAAUAAAAGACCACCGCAAAGAGUAGCAGAUGUGCGUGUUCCAGGUUUUCUUUGUUUAAAGUACUUUUUGAGAUCAAUGUUGUUGUUCCUCGUGUGCGUGAAACUUCAUUAGACAUUGUCAUUGUUGGAAAAAUCAACUGACUAAAAUGAACGAGGCUUAAUUAAUUAAUUUUGAACUUACUAAGUUGUUUAUUUUGUUAUUUUCCACGAAUAUUAAUUUUUUUUGCCCUGAUGACAGCUUGUGAUCAGAUUCAAUAUUAUAUUGUAGGCUCUGUGUGCGAUGCAGAGGUUGAUGCAUUAAAUGGAUUAUUGGAACUUUCUAAAUCAAAAGGAUAUAUGAUAAAUCGCAUAUUACAAGAUCUAUGCGAGGUUGAACAAGAUCCUGUGCCAAACGAUAUUGAGAGGCCGGCCACGCCUUCGACAAGAAGUGCGGUACGAAGCACUCCUUCUCCGCAAAAUGGAAAAAAACUGCACGUGUGUCCUUAUGCCAACUGUGAUAAAGCCUAUGGAAAAAGCUCACACCUUAAAGCACAUUUUAGAACUCAUACAGGUGAGCGACCUUUCAUGUGCAAUUGGAUGCAAUGUGGCAAAAGGUUUGCUCGCUCCGAUGAACUGGCUCGUCACAUGCGCACCCAUACAGGUGAAAAGAAGUUUUUCUGCCCUCUCUGUGAUGCCAGAUUUAUGAGAAGUGAUCAUCUCUCUAAACAUGCACGACGCCAUCCAGAUUUUCAACCGCACAUGCUGGCAAAAAAGAGAAGCAGCCAUGAGUUAAAAACUUACCAAGUGACAACGGACUCAGUGAAUGAAAGCUCAGGCACUUCGGAAUCUUCUGAAACAAUGCAUUAACUUUAUUGUUUCUCUUCCUUUAUCAAAUUGUACAAGGCCCCAUUACAACUAGAGAUGUACUGACUUACCAUCAUGAGAAAAAACCCUGCUUGGUUUCUGUCGGUCGCUAUAGAAACAGGCGAUUCCAUUUAACGAUUUAUGUGGUGGGAAGCAUAUAUUGUUUCGUUUGGCGCGAUUAGGCGGAACAAAACUGUAACUGAUUGAAGAUUGCAAAACGAAUUAUUAUUAAUUCUUACUUUUUUUACGUCAGCCUAUUCGCUCAGAAUUAGAAUUAUAUUUUCAUAUAAUUAAAUAACCAGUUUCUAAAGCGACAGACAUCAACCAGUCUGAUGGCUAAGGUUUUUCUCCUGGUGGUAAGUGAAUUUAUCAUUCACCAUUCUAUUUUAACUAACCUGCUCAAGCUAUUUGUUGAUAUGACAGCCUUUUUAAGUGCUAUUAAACACUUGUAAUCUAUGAUACUUGAAUAACUACGGAAGUAUUUUAUUACAGUCAUUUGUAUGUAUUUUAUCAGUUUCCUAUUAGGUAGUCCGUAUUAAAUUUUAAUCAAUUAUUAUUAUUUUUUAUUCUAUUUUCUUGAAAGUAUUUUAUGUUUCGUAAUUAACUACUUAAUUUUGAUGUUAAUGUACAUAAAAAACCUCGUUAAUAUUCUGUAACAUUAAAAAAUUUUGCCUUUUA